AUGUCUUUCCACGGUUCUGGUCGGCCCAUGGAUGCGCGCACGCUUGCCCUGUUUACAGCCCAGCAGGCCCAGGCCCAGGCCAGGCCGGAGAGAGGCCCAGACGGACACUACCCAGGCCGAGAUCCCGAUGUCCAUGUCAUUUAUUCGCCGAUCCGCCGCGCGCAUCUGCGUCCGUCCCCGGGGGGUGGCCCGCGCGGAAUUCUUCCCCUCGCUGCGUCGUGUCGCAGAGACCCAAACAGGCCUAGGAGCCAUGUGAUGUUACGUAUGCACGGCAUCAGUCAGACAGAGCGGGUGGAUACGACGGUCUCGUUGCCCGUGGUGAUUGGUGCUGGGUGCGGCGUCGUCAUCGGCAUGUCGCUGUCGCUUGACAGGACAGGGCAGGGCAGGCCGCACCUGCUCAGUGCUUUGCUCAGUGCUCUGACCACUGGCCAAGCAAGGAACCGUGCGAAUGAUGGCCCGCGGCGCGGGAGAUCGUCUCAUUGUACCCUUCCAGUUUCCAAGCCGCCGGCCGGCUACGUCGAUCUCUAA